AUCAUGGAGGCCCAGACAUUGACUUUAGGGGGUUUUAAGGUAAGGGUUAGGAUUAGGAUUAGGGUUUAAGGUAGGUUCUUGUCUUGGGCAUCGGUGGCAAAACUUAGUCAAUGCUCCUAGACAUGCAAAGUAGUAUUUGGUGUGUUGAUUUUAGUCUCAUGAUCAUGCACUGCUUUGUUGUCGGGCAAUGAAAGAAAGCACUGUUAACAUCUACAUGUAACAUUUAUCAGAUACAGUUGUAAAAUUACAACUAAAUUAAAGUCUUGUAAAAUUGCAACUAAAUUACAGUAGUAAAAUUAUUCUAAAUUGGCAAUGGUGUGAUAAAAAUAGUGCCGACAUUAUAACUCUGUAAUGGAAACCAAAAAGCUAGGCUUGGGCUAACCAUAGAUUACAGCAUUAGUUAAGCAUGCUUAGAAGGAAGUGGACAGAGGGGGAAAAAAUGAGACGAAAGGUAUUUAAGGGACGUGUGUGUCUAGCAGGUAAUGUGGUGUGUGGAAGGGAGGAGCUGAGAAAAGACAACAGAAGAGAGGGAUGUUUAGGAAGUAAGAUUGAGUCCAGGGUACCAACAAGAAAGCAUGGCCUUCCUCAGGACUCUUUGUGUGGUGACCAUAAUGGUGACAUUCCUGUCAAAAGGCUCUCAUUCACAGCUGAGUGUGUGCGGAACCCCUCCUCUUAACACUAGGAUCGUGGGGGGUCAGGAUGCUCCUGCAGGGAGUUGGCCAUGGCAGGCCAGUCUUCACAGAUUAGGCAGCCAUUUUUGUGGGGGAUCCCUCAUCAAUAAAGAGUGGGUGUUGACUGCUGCUCACUGCUUUUCCAGUACCGGUACAUCAAAUUUGCUGGUCUACUUGGGUCGUCUGAGCCAGCAGGGCUCCAACCCCAACGAGGUGAACCGGACAGUCACUCAGAUCAUCCGCCACCCCAACUACACCAAAAGUACCAGAGACAACGACAUGUGUCUGCUGAAGCUCUCCUCCACUGUGACUUUUACAAACUUCAUUCGGCCAGUCUGCCUAGCUGCACCAGGCAGCUCCUUCCAUGCUGGGGCUACUAGCUGGGUCACCGGCUGGGGCAGCAUCAGCAGUUUAGUGUCCCUGCCCUCACCACAGACCCUACAGGAAGUGGAUGUGCCAGUAGUGGGGAACAGGCAGUGUAACUGUAACAAUGGAGUUGGUUCCAUCACUGACAACAUGAUCUGUGCUGGUCUAUCAGCAGGAGGAAAGGAUUCCUGUCAGGGGGACUCAGGAGGUCCAAUGGUGAGCAAACAGGGUACUCGCUGGAUCCAGUCUGGCGUUGUGAGUUUUGGCAACGGGUGUGCCCAGGCAAAUCUCCCAGGAGUGUACGCAAGAGUGUCUCAGUACCAGACCUGGAUCAACACCCAGAUCACCAGUGACCAGCCAGGCUACGCCACCUUCUCCUCCAGUGGGACUGAUUCUGACCUCAGUGUCUCCUGUACUGGUCUUCCAGCCCCACCACCACCACAACUGCACCCUACGACCACCACUACCAAAACAACUGCCUCUGCGACCACCACUGAAACCGUGGUGUGCGGCAGUGCCUCUUUGAACUCCCUUACUGGUGGGGGCUUGGCCUCAGGGGGAACCUGGCCCUGGAUAGCCAGUCUGCAGACAAACGGAACACACGUCUGUGGGGGCACAAUGGUGGCAGAGGACUAUGUCAUGAGCGAUGCUGGGUGCUUCUCCAGUCAGUCCGACGCCUCUCAGUGGACCGUGAUCAUGGGUCGUCUGAAGCAGAACGGCUCCAACCCCAACGAGGUAACCCUGAAAGUCAUCAACAUCACCAUGAGCAACUUGACGGAGAACAACGUGGCAAUCCUCCGACUGGCCAGCCAACCCACAUUGUCUGACUACAUCCAGCCUAUCUGUGUGGACCAGGGAAGCAGCACCUUCAGCAUAGGGACUCAGUGCUGGGUGGCUGGCUGGGGCAGGGGCCAGGGUGGAGCCGAACAGAACUUGCAGCAGUCCCAGACCUCUGUGGUGGAUUGUGAGAGCUCUGGCUCCUCUGAUAACAUCUGCACUGCUGCCUUGGACCUUCGACAGGGUGAAGGGGUGGUCCUCUGAUGUGUAAGCAAGGUGAUGCAUGGUACCAGGCUGCUGUGUUGACUGUCGACAGCAGCAACAAGACCAGCUCCAGCAAAACACGAUGGAGCCGGAGUCCUCGCUCCUCCAACAUCCAGGUCUUCACCAAAACCGCUCGCUUCCAGAAUUUCCUUCAGACUACUGUGGGCACGUUCCCUUCACCCGUCACAGCCAGAACCCCCAUCAAUGACACCAACAAUGCCAACAGCACAACUGUCAGUGCAACUACCGCUGUCGUUACUUCUGCCAGUGGGGCAACUCUGGCCCACUCAUCCCUGGUCCUACUCUUCUUGUCUCUCUCUCUCCUACUGUCUCUUGGUCAAGCCUGAUGCCGCUGAGGAUUUUAUUUUAUUUCGAUCUCUUUUAGUCCCCAUUUGGACUAAUUUUCCAAGAGUCCUUAAAUAUUAAAAUACAAUUUAUAUACGAACACAUUUUCACAUAUAACACACUAUUACAAA